GAAGGCGAUGUGGAGUCGUACGUUGAAGAGCCGGAGAGCAGCAGGGAGCUCCUGGAGAGGCUCAGGGAGCUGGAGGUGAGGCACAGGGAGGGGGAGGGCAGGGAGGGGGAACACAGAGCUCAUCUAGGCUAUAUCUCAAUUUGACUUUCUUUGAUUCCUCGUAUCCUGCCUCCUCACCUCCUUCUCAACUGUAUUGGAGGAGAAGCUCCAAGGUCCCUCCCCUCUGAAUUUCUUCUUCAAUGGGUUUUGAGAAGGAGACAUGGAGAGGAAUCGAGGAAGGAUUAAUUAAGAAAGAGCUGAAGUCUUGACCCCUGGAGCUGUUGACACUCUGGGUACAUUUGGGCCUUUUCUCAUUUGGGCAAAAGUCCGUCUUCCACCCUCUCUCCUCCGUACUAUCUUCUUUGUGACCCAGAAACCGAUAAAUGGUCGAGGAGACUGUCAAUUAGGCGAACGGAAGAGUGUCCUCCCCUCCUCGAUGGCAAACUUUCAUCAAGGAUAGUCAUGUGCAUCCUACCUGAGUCCUUCACGGAAUAGUUUUAAAAUCUGCCCCAACCUCUUUGAAUCAGCUUUUGUUUUGUCGGAGGGGAAAAUGAUGCAUACAUUUAAAAACAGUAUGCUACUUAUUGUUUUAUCUAUAAAAUGUCUUGCACAACUAGCUUCAUUUGUUUUUAUCACUUUACACAUUUACAGUGCAUUCGGAAAGUAUCCAGACCCCUUGACUUUUUCCUCAUUUUGUUACUUUACAGCCUUAUUCUAAAAUGGAUUAAAUACAACAUUUUCCUCAUCAAUCUACACACAAUACUCCAUAAUGACAAAGCGAAAACAGGCUUUUAGAAAUGUUUGCAAAUGUAUAAAAAAUUAAAAACAGAAAUACGUUAUUUACAUAAGUAUUGAACAUCGAAAUUGAACUCAGGUGCAUCUUGUUUCCAUUAAUCAUCCUUGAGCUGUUUCUACAACUUGAGUGGAGCCCACCUGUGGUAAACUCAAUUGAUUGGACAUGAUUUGGAAAGGCACACACCUGUCUAUAUACGGUCCCACAGUUGACAAUGCAUGUCAGAGCAAAAACCAAGCCAUGAGGUUGAAGAAAUUGUCUGUAGAGCUCCAAGACAGGAUUGUGUCGAGGCACUGAUCUGGGGAAUGGUACCAAAACAUUUCUGCAGCAUUGAAGGUCCCCAAGAACACAGUGGCCUCCAUCAUUCUUAAAUGGAAGAAGUUUGGAACCACCAAGACUCUUCCUAGAGCUGGUCGCCCGGUCAAACUGAGCAAUCGUGGGAGAAGGGCCUUGGUCAGGGAGGUGACCAAGAACACGAUGUUCACUUUGACAGAGCUCCUGAGUUCCUCUGUGGAGAUGGGAGAACCUUCCAGAAGGACAACAAUCUCUGCAGCACUCCACCAUUCAGGCCUUUGUGAUAGAGUGGCCAGACGGAAGCCACUCCUCAGUAAAAGGCAUAUGACAGCCUACUUGGAGUUUGCAAAAAGGCACCUAAAGGACUCUGACCAUGAGAAACAAGAUUCUCUGGUCUGAUGAAACCAAGAUUUAAAUAUUUGGCCUGAAUGCCAAGCGUCACGUCUGGAGGAAACCUGGCACCAUCCCUACGGUGAAGCAUGGUGGUGGCAGCAUCAUGCUGUGGGGAUGUCUUUCAGUGGCAGGGACUGUGAGACUAGUCAGGAUCAAGGGAAAGAUGAAUGGAGCAAAGGACAGAGAGAUCCUUGAUGAAAACCUGCUCCAGAGUGCUCAGGACCUCAGACUGCGGUGAAGGUUCACCUUCCAACAGGACAACGACCCUAAGCACACAGCCAAGACAACGCAGGAGUGGCUUCGGGACAAGUCUCUGAAUGUCCUUGAGUGGCCCAGCCAGAGCCCGGACUUGAACCCGAUCUAAUAUCUCUGAAGAGACCUGAAAAUAGCUGUGCAGCGACGCUCCCUAUCCAACCUGACAAAGCUUGAGAGGAUCUGCAGAGAAGAAUGGGAGUAACUCCCCCAAAAUACAGGUGUGCCAAGCUUGUAGCGUCAUACCCAAGAAGUCUCAAGACUGUAAUCUCUGCCAAAGGUGCUUCAACAAAGUACUGAGUACAAGGUCUGAAUACUUAUGUAAAUGUGAUAUUUCAGUUUCUAACAACCUGUUUUUGCAUUGUCAUUAUGGGGUAUUGUGUGUAGAUUGAUGAGGGAAGAAAACAAUGUUAUCCAUUUUAGAAUAUGGCUGUAACGUAACAAAAUAUGGAAAAAGUCAAGGGGUCAGAAUACUUUCCGAAUGCACUGUGUAUAUAUAUAUAUAUAUAUAUAUAUAUAUACAGUACCAGUGAAAAGUUUGGACAGACCUAUUAAUUCAAGGGUUUUUACUUUAUUUUUACUAUUUUCUAGAAUAAUAGUGAAGACAUCAGAACUAUGAAAUAACACAUAUGGAAUCAUGUAGUAACCAAAAAAGUGUUUAAAAAAACACUUUUCCAACAGUCUUGAAGGAGUUCCCACAUAUGCUGAGCACUUGUUGGCUGCUUUUCCUUUACUCUGCGGUCCGACUCAUCGCAAAACAUCUCAAUUGGGUUGAGGUCGGGGGAUUGUGGAGGCCAGGUCAUCUGAUGCAGCACUCCAUCACUCUCCUUCUUGGUAAAAUAGCCCUUACACAGCCUGUAGGUGUGAUGGGUCAUUGUCCUGUUGAAAAACAAAUAAUAGUCCCAUUAAGCCCAAACCAGAUGGGAUGGCGUAGCGCUGCAGAAUGCUGUGGUAACCAUGCUGGUUAAGUGUGCCUUGAAUUCUAAAUAAAUCACAGACCGUGUCACCAGCAAAGCACCCCCACACCAUAACACCUCCUCCUCCAUGCUUUAUGGUGGAAAAUACACAUGCGGAGAUCAUCCGUUCACACUGCAUCUCACAAAGCCACGGCGGUUGGAACCAAAAAUCUCCAAUUUGGACUACAGACCAAAGGACACAUUUCCACCGGUCUAAUGUCCAUUGCUCGUGUUUCUUGGCCCAAGCAAGUCUCUUCUUCUUUUUGGUGUCCUUUAGUAGUGGUUUCUUUGCAGCAAUUUGACCACACAGUCUCCUCUGAACAGUUGAUGUUGAGUUGUGUCUGUUACUUGAACUCUGUAAAGCAUUUAUUUGGGCUGCAUUUUCUGAGGCUGGUAACUCUAAUGAACUUAUCCUCUGCAGCAGAGGUAACUCUGGGUCUUCCAUUCCUGUGGCGGUCCUCAUGAGAGCCAGUUUCAUCAUAGCGCUUGAUGGUUUUUGCGACUGCACUUGAAGAAACUUUAAAAGUUCUUGAAAUGUUCUAUAUUGACUGACCUUCAUGUCUUAAAGUAAUGAUGGACUGUUGUUUCUCUUUGCGUAUUUGAGCUGUUCUUGCCAUAAUUUAGACUUGUUCUUUUACCAAAUAGGGCAAUCUUCUGUAUAUACAGUGGGGAGAACAAGUAUUUGAUACACUGCCGAUUUUGCAGGUUUUCCUACUUACAAAGCAUGUAGAGGUCUGUAAUUGUUAUCAUAGGUACACUUCAACUGUGAGAGACGGAAUCUAAAACAAAAAUCCAGAAAAUCACAUUGUAUGAUUUUUAAGUAAUUAAUUUGCAUUUUAUUGCAUGACAUAAGUAUUUGAUACAUCAGAAAAGCUGAACUUAAUAUUUGGUACAGAAACCUUUGUUUGCAAUUACAGAGAUCAUACGUUUCCAGUAGGUCUUGACCAGGUUUGUAUACACUAAAGCAGGGAUUUUGGCCCACUCCUCCAUACAGACCUUCUCCAGAUCCUUCAGGUUUCGGGGCUGUCGCUGGGCAAUACAGACUUUCAGCUCCCUCCAAAGAUUUUCUAUUGGGUUCAGGUCUGGAGACUGGCUAGGCCACUCCAGGACCUUGAGAUGCUUCUUACGGAGCCACUCCUUAGUUGCCCUGGCUGUGUGUUUCGGGUCGAUGUCAUGCUGGAAGACCCAGCCACGACCCAUCUUCAAUGCUCUUACUGAGGGAAGGAGGUUGUUGGCCAAGAUCUCGCGAUACAUGGCCCCAUCCAUCCUCCCCUCAAUACGGUGCAGUCGUCCUGUCCCCUUUGCAGAAAAGCAUCCCCAAAGAAUGAUGUUUCCACCUCCAUGUUUCACGGUUGGGAUGGUGUUCUUGGGGUUGUACUCAUCCUUCUUCCUCCAAACACGGCGAGUGGAGUUUAGACCAAAAAGCUAUAUUUUUGUCUCAUCAGACCACAUGACCUUCUCCCAUUCCUCCUCUGGAUCAUCCAGAUGGUCAUUGGCAAGCUUCAGACGGGCCUGGACAUGCACUGGCUUGAGCAGGGGGACCUUGCGUGCGCUGCAGGAUUUUAAUCCAUGAAGGCGUAGUGUGUUACUAAUGGUUUUCUUUGAGACUGUGGUCCCAGCUCUCUUCAGGUCAUUGACCAGGUCCUGCCGUGUAGUUCUGGGCUGAUCCCUCACCUUCCUCAUGAUCAUUGAUGCCCCACGAGGUGAGAUCUUGCAUGGAGCCCCAGACCGAGGGUAAUUGACCAUCAUCUUGAACUUCUUCCAUUUUCUAAUAAUUGCGCCAACAGUUGUUGCCUUCUCACCAAGCUGCUUGCCUAUUGUCCUGUAGCCCAUCCCAGCCUUGUGCGGGUCUACAAUUUUAUCCCUGAUGUCCUUACACGGCUCUCUGGUCUUGGCCAUUGUGGAGAGGUUGGAGUCUGUUUGAUUGAGUGUGUGGACAUGUGUCUUUUAUAAAGGUAACGAGUUCAAACAGGUGCAGUUAAUACAGGUAAUGAGUGGAGAACAGGAGGGCUUCUUAAAGAAAAACUAACAGGUCUGUGAGAGCCGGAAUUCUUACUGGUUGGUAGGUGAUCAAAUACUUAUGUCAUGCAAUAAAAUGCAAAUUAAUUACUUAAAAAUCAUGCAAUGUGAUUUUCUGGAUUUGUGUUUUAGUUUCUGUCUCUCACAGUUGAAGAGUACCUAUGAUAAAAAUUACAGACCUCUACAUGCUUUGUAAGUAGGAAAACCUGCAAAAUCGGCAGUGUAUCAAAUACUUGUUCUCCCCACUGUAUAUGUCACAACACAACUGAUUGGCUCAAACGCAUUAAGAAGGAAAGAUAUUCCACAAAUUAACUUUUAAGAAGGCACAACUGUUAAUUGAAAUGCAUUCCAGGUGACUACCUUAUGAAGCUGGUUGAGAGAAUGCCAAGCGUGUGCAAAGCUGUCAUCAAGGCAAACAGUGGCUAUUUGAAGAAUCUCAAAUAUAAAAUAUAUUUUGAUUUGUUUAACACUUUUUUGGUUACUACAUGAUUCCAUAUGUGUUAUUUCAUAGUUUUGAUGUCUUCAAUAUUAUUCUACAAUGUAAAAAAUAGUAAAAAUUAAGAAAAACCCUGGAAUGAGUAGGUGUGUCCAAACUUUUGACUGGUAGUGUACAUUCUCAAUGAAAUAAGCAUUAUAUUAAAUGUAUAACUUUAAAGCCUCUUAAUAUAGAAAAGAGGAGCCAACUGAAGAUUGCAGCAGAAAAUUGAUCAUUAUAUAUAAAAAUCAACAAAAAUCCAGAAAAACGCAUGUCAAAGAUGUUAGAAAUUGAUUUGCAUUUUAAUGAGGGAAAUAAGUAUUUGACCCCCUCUCAAUCAGAAAGAUUUCUGGCUCCCAGGUGUCUUUUAUACAGGUAACGAGCUGAGAUUAGGAGCACACUCUUAAAGGGAGUGCUCCUAAUCUCAGUUUGUUAUCUGUAUAAAAGACACCUGUCCACAGAAGCAAUCAAUCAAUCAGAUUCCAAACUCUCCACCAUGGCCAAGACCAAAGAGCUCUCCAAGGAUGUCAGGGACAAGAUUGUAGACCUACACAAGGCUAGAAUGGGCUACAAGACCAUCGCCAAGCAGCUUGGUGAGAAGGUAACAACAGUUGGUGCGAUUAUUCGCAAAUGGAAGAAACACAAAAGACCUGUCAAUCUCCCUCGGCCUGGGGCUCCAUGCAAUAUCUCACCUCGUGGAGUUGCAAUGAUCAUGAGAACGGUGAGGAAUCAGCCCAGAACUACACGGGAGGAUCUUGUCAAUGAUCUCAAGGCAGCUGGGACCAUAGUCACCAAGAAAACAAUUGGUAACACACUACGCCAUGAAGGACUGAAAUCCUGUAGCGCCUGCAAGGUCCCCCUGCUCAAGAAAGCACAUAUACAGGGCUGUCUGAAGUUUGCCAAUGAACAUCUGAAUGAUUCAGAGGAGAACUGGGUGAAAGUGUUGUGGUCAGAUGAGACCAAAAUCGAGCUCUUUGGCAUCAAUUCAACUCGCCGUGUUUGGAGGAGGAGGAAUGCUGCCUAUGAUCCCAAGCACACCAUCCCCACCGUCAAACAUGGAGGUGGAAACAUUAUGCUUUGGGGGUGUUUUUCUGCUAAGGGGACAGGACAACUUCACCGCAUCAAAGGGACGAUGGACGGGGCCAUGUACCGUCAAAUCUUGGGUGAGAACCUCCUUCCCUCAGCCAGGGCAUUGAAAAUGGGUCGUGGAUGGGUAUUCCAGCAUGACAAUGACCCAAAACACACGGCCAAGGCAACAAAGGAGUGGCUCAAGAAGAAGCACAUUAAGGUCCUGGAGUGGCCUAGCCAGUCUCCAGACCUUAAUCCCAUAGAAAAUCUGUGGAGGGAGCUGAAGGUUCGAGUUGCCAAAUGUCAGCCUCAAAACCUUAAUGACUUGGAGAAGAUCUGCAAAGAGGAGUGGAACAAAAUCCCUCCUGAGAUGUGUGCAAACGUCUGACCUUUGUGAUUGCCAACAAGGGUUUUGCCACCAAGUACUAAGUCAUGUUUUGCAGAGGGGUCAAAUACUUAUUUCCCUCAUUAAAAUGCAAAUCAAUUUAUAACAUUUUUGACAUGCGUUUUUCUGGAUUUUUUUGUUGUUAUUCUGUCUCUCACUGUUCAAAUAUACAGUGAGGGGAAAAAAGUAUUUGAUCCCCUGCUGAUUUUGUACGUUUGCCCACUGACAAAGACAUGAUCAGUCUAUAAUUUUAAUGGUAGGUUUAUUUGAACAGUGAGAGACAGAAUAACAACAAAAAAAUCCAGAAAAACACUUCUUUUUUUUGGCAACUCGAACCUUCAGCUACCUCCACAGAUUUUCUAUGGGAUUAAGGUCUGGAGACUGGCUAGGCCACUCCAGGACCUUAAUGUGCUUCUUCUUGAGCCACUCCUUUGUUGCCUUGACCGUGUGUUUUGGGUCAUUGUCAUGCUGGAAUACCCAUCCACGACCCAUUUUCAAUGCCCUGGUUGAAGGAAGGAGGUUCUCACCCAAGAUUUGACGGUACAUGGCCCCGUCCAUCGUCCCUUUGAUGCGGUGAAGUUGUCCUGUCCCCUUAGCAGAAAACACCCCCAAAGCAUAAUGUUUCCACCUCCAUGUUUGACUGUGGGGAUGGUGUUCUUGGGGUCAUAGGUAGCAUUCCUCCUCCUCCAAACACGGCGAGUUAAGUUGAUGCCAAAGAGCUCCAUUUUGGUCUCAUUUGACCACAACACUUUCACCCAGUUCUCCUCUGAAUCAUUCAGAUGUUAAUUGGCAAACUUCAGACGGCCCUGUAUAUGUGCUUUCUUGAGCAGGGGGACCUUGCGGGCGCUGCAGGAUUUCAGUCCUUCACGGCGUAGUGUGUUACCAAUUGUUUUCUUGGUGACUAUGGUCCCAGCUGCCUUGAGAUCAUUGACAAGAUCCUGCCGUGUAGUUCUGGGCUGAUUCCUCACCGUUCUCAUGAUCAUUGCAACUCCACGAGGUGAGAUCUUGCAUGGAGCCCCAGGCUGAGGGAGAUUGACAGUUCUUUUGUGUUUCUUCCAUUUGCGAAUAAUCGCACCAACUGUUGUCACCUUCUCACCAAGCUGCUUGGCGAUGGUCUUGUAGCCCAUUCCAGCCUUGUGUAAGUCUACAAUCUUGUCUCUGACAUCCUUGGAGAGCUCUUUGGUCAUGGCCAUGGUGGAGAGUUUGGAAUCUGAUUGAUUGAUUGCUUCUGUGGACAGGUGUCUUUUAUACAGGUAACAAGCUGAGAUUAGGAGCACUCCCUUUAAGAGUGUGCUCCUAAUCUCAUUUUGUUACCUGUAUAAAAGACACCUGGGAGCCAGAAAUCUUUCUGAUUGAGAGGGGGUCAAAUACUUAUUUCCCUCAUUAAAAUGCAAAUCAAUUUCUAACAUUUUUGACAUGCGUUUUUCUGGAUUUUUUUGUUGCUAUUCUGUCUCUCACUGUUCAAAUAAACCUACAAUUAAAAUGAUAGACUGAUCAUUUCUUUGUCAGUGGGCAAACAUACCAAAUCAGCAGGGGAUCAAAUACUUUUUUCCCUCCCUGUACUAUAUACAUUUUACUGACAUCAUGUAUUUUACAAUAGUUAUCUUUUGUUUGUUUUUAGUCUCAUCCUUCAGCUUUCCUCAACCCCUCCCAUCUAUCUCUGAAGACCACUAGUUUGAUUUCUAUUUGCCAUAUAUUUUUAACUCUGCUGUUUCACGAAAGUUCUGAACCUAUAUACAUUUUAUGGACGCAGUAUAUUUUACAUUAGUUAUCUUGUUGUUUGUAGUCCCACCCUUCAGCUCCACUGAACCAUCUCUUAACACCAUCCAUUUUUUUUUCUCCAUUUGCUAUAUAUUUUUCAACUGUGCUGUGAUGUUUCACAAAAGUUCAGAACCUUUCUAUUCUCAUAGUUUCUACAGAUUGUAAAUUAAAGAUACAAUUUUUGCCAAAAAUAUUAUUAUAUUAUUGGUCGAUUGACUAUGACUUUUCUAAUCACCCAGCAGUGCUUUUUGCAGAGUUAGCUCCAGGUAAAUGUUGCAAUUCUUCAGCCAUUUCUGGACCUGCGACCAAAAACAAGCUACAUAUGGACAGUACCAAAACAAAUGAUCUAAUGAUUUUGUCUCUUUGCAGCAAAAUCACAUCCCCCAUAUAUUUAACAUUCUUUUGGUUGCAAUAAUUUUGUAUAAUAAUUUAAAUUCAGCCAUGGAAUCGCUACAUUGAAAAUCUCUUCCCAACUAUUUUGCAAUCUAUGUCGCACAAUUGUCUUUAACCAAUUUUGGUCUUUAAUGCAGGGCCGACAGACAAGUUCCUUACUUUUUCCCCAUUCCACUUGACUCUUCUAUUUUGCGGUAAUGCUGCAAUUAGUUGGUUGUAAGUUUGGGUAAUGCAGAAAUGUCCAUAUAUUUUUGUUAGCUGCAAGUGUGACAUAACUCAACCAGUCCUAUUUAUGAUAUAAUUUAUAUAUACUUUUUUUUAUCAAUUAACCUCACUAUUAGUUGUAUUAUAUGUUCUGUCUUUUCUGGUGGAUUAAACUAAAAUUGCAACCAAUGUUCUUGUUUUAAAAAUCUAGAUAUUUUGCAGAUGAUUUCAUUUUCAAAUAACCGAAAGUGAGAGGUUGUAAUCAGAAUAAAGGGAAAAAGGCCAUUCUUGAACAUGCGGUGAGACAUUCUUACUAAUCUGCUAGAGAACCAGUUCGAAUUUAAGUAUAACUAUUGUAUGAUUUGAAGCCUUUAGUAAGAGGUCUAAUGCUUUAAUAUUUAAUAAUUUCUGCCCUCAGAAUUCAUAUUCAUUAUAUAAGUAGGCCCGUUUAAUUUUGUCUGGCUUGCCGUUCCAAAUAAAAUGGAAUAUUUGUAAUUCUCCUAACGCAGCACAAUGGACCCUUACAGCACUUUAAAAGUUUUCACAACACCUUAAAGUCUCCCAGCUCUCCCGGCCCUCAUCUCCUGAGCCCUAGUGGGAGAAUGAGAGGUGGGAAAGAAAGUGCUUUAAAACACUUAUUCUCAGAGCACCUGCUUGAAAACAGUGUUUAGUGUUUAUAAUCAUGCCACUGUGAUGGAGAGGGCUCUUACUGUUACUGUGGUUAAAUUCCCUUGGUUGAGGCCCUCCAACACUUAUAUGUUGCAGAAUCAGGUGACAGUCCUCUGCCUUCUUUUCAUGUCAGCCAGCCCACACUUUGUAUAGACGACACCAUUGAGACUUAAUACACGUAUUGCUCUCAGGUUGGGUAGUUGAGCGACAGAUUGAGUUUCAGACGUGACAUUAGGGUCACAAACACACACAUACAUGAACACACAUAAACACACAUACACACACACACACACACACACAGAGAAAGUCAAAUCCAUACACACACUCUACGAAGAUGAAACCUUCACAAAAUGUCACACUCUCUCACUGUCCCUAUUGUAUACACAGCGCAGCGGCGUAUUGAUGUGUGAAUCAGGCUGUAAUUGCUGCUGCGUCUCUUUCCCGUGCUGGAGUGUCUCUGGGUAAUAUCUCUGUAAUUAUAUUUAUUGUGAUCAUCUUGUUCUGCUCACUGAUGGCUCCACCACGCUCAAAUCAGAGGCAGAACCAAAUCUCAAUAAGAUUAUACAUUGAUUAUACAAUGACUUGGUAGGCGCUACAGGUCAAUGACCACCAAAACUGAACGUUUUUAAAACAGUUUUUCCCCUCCGCAGCAGUCAGAACCUUGAACUCCCUUCACUAGCCCCCCACCCACUACUCCAGGGAUCCUGCACUUUAUGGAUUUAUGGACUUUAUGGAUUAUUGAUAUUUAUGAAUUGUGGUGAUGCUAUUCUAGCUGCUUGGCACACAUUUGUGAAUGUAAAUCCUGCUGCUGAGGGAGGACGGCUCAUAAUAAUUGCUGGAACGGAGCAAAUGAAAUGGAAACCAUGUGUUUGAUGUAUUUGAUACAAUUCCACUCAUUCCGCUCCAGCCAUUACCACGAGCCUGUCCUCCACAAUUAAGGUGCCACCAACCACCUGUGGUAUACAGUGGGGGAAAAAAGUAUUUAGUCAGCCACCAAUUGUGCAAGUUCUCCCACUUAAAAAGAUGAGAGAGGCCUGUAAUUUUCAUCAUAGGUACACGUCAACUAUGACAGACAAAUUGAGAAAAAAAAUCCAGAAAAUCACAUUGUACAGAGGAUCCUCUUAAAGAAGAAGUUACAGGUCUGUGAGAGCCAGAAAUCUUGCUUGUUUGUAGGUGACCAAAUACUUAUUUUCCACCAUAAUUUGCAAAUAAAUUCAUUAAUGAAUUUAUUUGCAAAUUAUGGUGGAAAAUAAGUAUUUGGUCACCAACAAACAAGCAAGAUUUCUGGCUCUCACAGACCUGUAACUUCUUCUUUAAGAGGCUCCUCUGUCCUCCACUCGUUACCUGUAUUAAUGGCACCUGUUUGAACUUGUUAUCAGUAUAAAAGACACCUGUCCACAACCUCAAACAGUCACACUCCAAACUCCACUAUGGCCAAGACCAAAGAGCUGUCAAAGGACACCAGAAACAAAAUUGUAGACCUGCACCAGGCUGGGAAGACUGAAUCUGCAAUAGGUAAGCAGCUUGGUUUGAAGAAAUCAACUGUGGGAGCAAUUAUUAGGAAAUGGAAGACAUACAAGACCACUGAUAAUCUCCCUCGAUCUGGGGCUCCACGCAAGAUCUCACUCCGUGGGGUCAAAAUGAUCACAAGAACGGUGAGCAAAAAUCCCAGAACCAUACGGGGGGACCUAGUGAAUGGCCUGCAGAGAGCUGGGACCAAAGUAACAAAGCCUACCAUCAGUAACACACUACGUCGCCAGGGACUCAAAUCCUGCAGUGCCAGACGUGUCCCCCUGCUUAAGCCAGUACAUGAUCCAGAAGAGGAUUGGGAGAAUGUCAUAUGGUCAGAUGAAACCAAAAUAGAACUUUUUGGUAAAAACUCAACUCGUCGUGUUUGGAGGACAAAGAAUGCUGAGUUGCAUCCAAAGAACACCAUACCUACUGUGAAGCAUGGGGGUGGAAACAUCGUGCUUUGGGGCUGUUUUUCUGCAAAGGGACCAGGACAACUGAUCUGUGUGAAGGAAAGAAUGAAUGGGGCCAUGUAUCGUGAGAUUUUGAGUGAAAACCUCCUUCCAUCAGCAAGGGCAUUGAAGAUGAAACGUGGCUGGGUCUUUCAGCAUGACAAUGACCCAAACACACCGCCCGGGCAACGAAGGAGUGGCUUCGUAAGAAGCAUUUCAAGGUCCUGGAGUGGCCUAGCCAGUCUCCAGAUCUCAACCCCAUAGAAAAUCUUUGGAGGGAGUUGAAUGUCCGUGUUGCCCAGCGACAGCCCCAAAACAUCACUGCUCUAGAGGAGAUCUGCAUGGAGGAAUGGGCCAAAAUACCAGCAACAGUGUGUGAAAACCUUGUGAAGACUUACAGAAAACGUUUGACCUGUGUCAUUGCCAACAAAGGGUAUAUAACAAAGUAUUGAGAAACUUUUGUUAUUGACCAAAUACUUAUUUUCCACCAUAAUUUGCAAAUAAAUUCAUUAAAAAUCCUACAAUGUGAUUUUCUGGAUUUAUUUUCCUCAUUUUGUCUGUCAUAGUUGACGUGUACCUAUGAUGAAAAUUACAGGCCUCUCUCAUCUUUUUAAGUGGGAGAACUUGCACAAUUGGUGGCUGACUAAAUACUUUUUUCCCCCACUGUACGUUAAAUUAAUGUGGGUGAGUGUUUGUUGUAUGAAGUGAGACUGGGGUAUAUAUGUAUAUUAGUCACUUCAGAGCUACCGUACAGUACCGUAAACAAAUACCACCAACCUUGGUUGCGUAGCAAUAAAGUAUCUUUACUUAACUUUUUUUUUUUUUACUUUUACUUCACUCCUAAAGAAAAUGAUGUACCAUUUAAAAAAGUCUAAUAAAAAAUGUAGUCUAUUUCAGAAGAACAGAAUAGCAUAUUCUGUGUUGUCCUUAUGUUAGGUCGUGAUCUGGCUAUGCCAAAUGGCUGUGUGCUAGCUACACUGGUUCAUUUAGCAGACAAGAUUUGCUUAGAAUUCCAUGGCAUUAUUUUAUAGUAUAAAGAAUACAAUUGAACAAAGCUGAAUAAAAUAUACAUAUUUUCUCCAAAAGAUUUGAGGGAGUGCGCACAUGCGGCUAUUCUGUGUUGAGCAGUUAACAAAGAAAUAGGUACUCCUAUAUGCUUAAUUUAGAGUUAUUAAUGUUACUUUAGUUGUUCUACAAACUUUGGGCUAUAUGUUUUGAUUUUUAAUACAUUUUAAGGCUGCAUAAUGCGACUCUAAUGAUGAUUUGAAAAAAGUCGCUUGAAAGGCAUGAUCUAUGCUUUGUUUUUUGCGCAGGCUGUACACACUUCAUUAGUCUCUCAUUCACAAUUUGACAAGCACUUGAUUCAAGGCGGCAUCCCCUUUGUGACCGUAAUGCACCCUAAAAAAAUCCAUGCCUUUUGCGGCCAGUGGCCGUUGUGCCCUUCUCCCAUCACGUGAUCGGGUCUUUCUCACAGGUUACAAGUGAAGACAAGCACAUCGGGGACGCAACUGUGUGCGUCCUUAUCCAAUUCCAAGGUGCAUAUUAAAGAUAUUGGAAGAAUUGUCCACAUUUUAAUUUUCGUCAGCCAACAAGAUGAGUAGGCCUAACAAACAGCAAAAGCAAUAGACUAUGUCAAUCUACUAUCCCCCAUAGUACAAAAGUCGACCUAUUCUGUGCGAGAAAUAAUUAUUCCAAACAUAGUCUGGGACAGUUGUGGGAUGCAAUAUAUCCCAAAUUAAUACAACCACUAGCAUCAAAAAACCUUGUGGCUGAAGCAACAGAUCAGAACAUUUAGCUUAAAAUGUUGAUAAACUAUUAGGCUAUUUCUUCACAUUAUAAGCGCAGCAAAGGGCACAUGGCAGUAGGCUAUAAGCACGAAUGUUCCAUUAGCGGGAAAACACCAUUAUCAAAAGUGAUUGCAAAUGCGAUUAUGCAUGUGAUGCUUUUAUUAUAAAGGUGCAUUUUUAUGGUGAAAAUUAUCUUCCCCAAACUUGAAACUCCCCCACUGCUUAUGUAUGCCAGUUAGGCUCUAAAGCGGAUUAAUGUGCUUAAUUUUAAGUUAUUUGGCCACUUUAGUUGUGAUACAAACCUUAUCAAAACAUACAGGCCUAUGGGCUAGGCUACAUGAGGUGUGCGACUAUGAUUUGAAAAGUCGCAAAAUAAAGGCAGUUUCUUAUGCUGGGCAUCCUUCACAAGUGAUAAUAUAUCAUUCACAAGUGAUAGGCUAAUGUUGUCACCCAUCAGACUAUUCUUGAUUUAAUCUUUACAUAUACUAAAUAAUAUAUGUGUGAAAUUUGUUUUGAUUUAGAAUGGACCAUUAUCAUGCACCUGUCUCGAAACAGGGGCAGCGGGAAAAAAAGACAUGUCAUCUAUGCACUUAUAUAGCGAAUGGAGGACGCUUUUCCCGUGGUUGAUUUUCAUGCCAGCCAGGUAGGCUAUACUCCUGUUGUAGUCCCGUGUAGCUCAGUUGGUAGAGCAUGGCGUUUGCAACGCCAGGGUUGUGGGUUCGUUUCCCACGGGGGACCAGUGCAUUUUCGCCAGGCAUUACUGGAACCAUGUCGUCCAAAAUGUUAUACUUUUGAAUCAUCUGUCCAUAUAACGUUCUUCCAAGAGUCUUAAUGAUCAUCCAGGUGCUUUUUGGCAAACUUGAGUCAACUUUUUGGACGAGAUGGGUCCCAUUAUGCCUGGCGAAAACCAAACACUGCAUUCCACAGUUAGAACAUCAAACCAAAGGUUAAGCAUGGUGGUGGUGGUGUGAUGCUUUGCUGCCUCAGGACCUGGACGACUUGCCUUAAUAGAAGGAACCAUGAAUUCUGCUCUGUAUCAGAGAAUUCUACAGGAGAAUGUCAGACCAUCCGUCUGUGAACUGAAGCUGAAGCGCAUCUGGGUCAUGCAGCAAGACAAUGAUCCAAAACACACAAUCAAGUCUACAUGAAAAUGUUGCACAACAUGAUCUCUUGGGCUCUAAUGAAGUGUUUGAUUAGAUUUUCGAACACAUUUGCAUUGAUGUCAGAGUGAUUAGAGGGACAAUAGAGUGCUGAGUACCAGGCAGUUAGCAAGUUUGGUAUGCUACUAAUGACCAUCAGCAACAUCAGAGCUUGGAGAAGCCUAAUUACCGUGACUAAACAGUCACAUGGAAUUUGACUUCCUUCAUGACUCGUGACCACCUGUGUGGCGGUAAUACGGUCACCGCAACAGCCCUACUCCUGUCUUCCUUUUCAUCUCACUGUCACGAUCGUCAUAAUGAGUAGACCAAGGCGCAGCGUGAUAUGCGUACAUCUUCUUUAAUAGAGUCCUAAGCAACACAAUAACACCACAAAACAACAAACGAUACGUGAAGUCCUCGGUUAACAAAACACAACCUACACGGAACAAGAUCCCACGAAUCACAAGUGCACAAAAGGCUGCCUAAGUAUGGUUCCCAAUCAGAGACAACAAGCAACAGCUGAUUCUCGUUGCCUCUGAUUGAGAACCACCCCGGCCAACAUAGAAACACAUAACCUAGAACAGAACAUAUGAAACGAAACAUAGACACUAUACAAAGAAACUAACACCCUGGCUCAACAUAAAAGAGUCCCCAGAAACAGGGCGUGACAAUCACCAUCCACCAUUCCCUGAUCAUUGAACACUUGGGCCCAUCACAGCUUCUGUGACGCACUGUAGAGGGAGCAUUAAAUGUGUGACUGCUGUUUUGAUCUGCAACCACUGGUGGCUUAGGUGCCUCUGUUUCUAUGGAGACAUUUAUUUCUUAUUUCGCACCUUCUCUCCCUCUAAUGCCUCAUUCCUUUUUUAUUCUAAUCAGCCUGUUGUGCUUUCUCUUUUUUAUUUUCCCUUAUCUUCUUUCCUCCUACUAACUCUCUCCAGCUUGUCUCUGUUUCCCUCCUAUUUAAUUAUUUCAAUCUUUCAGAAUCGCUCUCCCCCCCCCCUUCGUUUCAGUCCCCCCUAUCAGAUCUUUGAUUUCAUCGUUGCUGUGGUGACACGUUCCUGCUUUUGAUCAUGGCGAAUAAGACACUGGCCGGAUUCUCUUUUUAAUGAGUUCACCAGUCUGCACCUAUUACAGCAAGGAGAAUAAUACAAUUAAAAUAAAUUAUCCUUGUUCAGAUGUAUCAAACCCAUUUGGAGAUCUACCGAAUAUUUUGCUCUUUUGUCUAUUCAUUCGCACUGUCAAAUUCUCCAUGGGGACAAUUGUGAAAUCAACUGAUUUGUUCAUUCUCGGCCACAAAGAAGCUUGCUCUUCUAAGUGUAGACAUUGAAAUGCACUGUGAUCAUAUGAGACGGGUGGGGAUUAAUCUCCCGAGGUUGAUCUUUGUUGUCAAAUUUAUGCUUUCGAUAGAUGUAUGUAAUUGGUCUCUCGCUCUCUCUCUUUUCUCUCCUUUCUCUGUCCUUUCUCUCUCCUUUGUAGGCUGAGAAUUCAGCACUGGCCCUUGCGAAUGAAAGCCAGAGAGAGGCCUAUGAAAGGUGUCUGGAUGAGGUGAGUUUUCAUAGUGUGACCUUCUCCUUCUCUAUAUGUUCUGUCUGUCUCUGUACCCACUACAUAAGUUGUCUCAGCUUUUAUACACUGCUAAGAUUACUACUCUUACUACUCUUAAGACUCAAAUCAUUCUCCAUUUGUGACCAAAGACUGUAGUAAAGAUGUAACUUUUAUUCUAUUUUUUUUCAGGUGGCCAACCACGUGGUACAGGCCCUUCUGAAUCAAAAGGUAAGACAUGGUGCUAGAUCACUGACGUUCAGACUCAACAGUCUAACAAGUUAAUGAGCAGUUAUUUUACACAACAAGUUUAGUGUGUGCGUGUGUGUGUUCGUGCCUGCGUGUGUCAAUGUGAAGGUUUGUUGAUUUGUGUUAUGUGUGUGUUUGUUCUAGGACCUGCGGGAGGAGUGUAUUAAGCUGAAGAUGCGUGUGUUUGACCUGGAGAGACAGAACAGAACCCUGACUGAGCUCUUUGCCCAGAAACUACACCCCCAGGCCAGCCGUCUGCAACAGGUACUGUGUGUGUGUGUGUGUGUGUGUGUGAAAUUGAUUUAUCUGUGAUGAUUUAGAAAUUACGCAUAAAUGAACAAGCUUUUCAUUUGGUUUCAGUUGCUUUAUUUUUGCAAAACUAGAAUGAAUGUGACAAGAUAAAGGAGUAUUAGUCAUGAGUACUGACAGACUGUUGUUGAAAGUGUGACCAAAGAAUGGAUUUAAGUCUGUCCGUCGGCUCUCGGAUCAUGUUGGGCUGUUAAUGAGAAUUUGGAUUUGAAUGUUAGUUUUUUCUAUCACGCAUCACAUCAAAAUGCCCACGGAGAAAAUAAUGUCUAUCCCAUUAAAUAGGAGAGACUAAUUUCUACCCGUGUGUGUGUAAUAUGCAUAUCUAAACCACUGGGGGAGAGGGAGAAUCUAUUUUCUGCCUUGCUUGUCUCCUGUUCAUUAUGAUUAGAUCGAUGUUUCAGAACACCAUCAAAGUAUGGUCCUAUGUGUCAUGCUGUUUCUGUUUACUACCUAAUAAGAACAGUGUUUCUGAGGUAAUCUGCUUUCAUUUGGGAGGGAGAUGAGAAGUUCUCCCACAUCUCUGUCACACUGAUCUCAUUGCUGUUGUUGCUUAGGUGAUUGUUGUCAAGGUGAAAUGUAGAACUGUUGUGUAGGCUAGUUUUAGAACUCUAUCACAUAUCCUCCAUGGCGUGUAGUGAGCUAUUCUAUGUUGAUAUAAAGUCAGAUAGAUGUGAGAUUGAAAUAUCACAAUGAGGACUAUGAUGCCUUGCUGUUCUUUUGGAUUUAUUUUACCCAAAUUGAUAUCUAAUAUAAAUUGUAGCAGACUAUAGCUUGGAGCCUGAAAGCUCCUUGGAGCUCUUACUCUAUCCAUUUCGGCCUUGUUGAAAGAAACCAAGGACAAAACCGCUAUUGUGAUGGUACAGGGUUUUAGAAUCCCCUGCUGAGAUGGUUAUACAACGACUCUCAAGUUUCCGUGAAUUUGGCUUCAAAAGAACAGAUGCAGAGAUUGUCUUGUCUUUGAUAAAGAUGUUCAGUGACCUUAGUCAUAAUUUGUCUUCUUCUUUGAAGUGUAUGACACUUGGCACCUCUCUCUCCCUCGCAACUUCUCUCCAUCUCUGUCCCUCUCCCUCCCUCUCUUUUUUCACCUCUGUUUGUUUACACCAACUCCCUCUAUCUUCUAUUAGUAUUUCAACCACUCCACGGUAGUGAGGGGAUAAGAGAGAGAGAAGCAAUCUGCUGCAGAAAUAUCAAUACAGCGUUUAAUCUAAAAUAAAUAACCCUGUAAUUGACAGGAGGGCAAAGUGGCACAUUCUAUUACUGUAAAUGAAAUGGAAACUGUCCCAAACUCCCCCAACCCCCUUCUCCACUCCCUCCCUCCCUCCCUUCUUCCCCAUGCCUCAAUUUUUCUGUAUUCUUCAGUCGUUCUCUUUGCAUCUCUUACCUGUGAGGGGAAAAAACCUUCUCCCCUCGCAUGCAGAGUAAGUGCCUCUUCCCCCGCCGUCACCUUUCUUUGUGAUGAAUAUUAUAAGGAAACCUGAUGCCAUCUCAAUGCCGAAGCAAUUUAAUUACUCAGCGCUAGGAUAGGAACGUAAAGAUGCUGGCCCGCUGCGGUAAUGCCAUUUUCGCUCUGUAUUAGGAGGCAGGUUAAAGGAAAUCAGGAGAGGGUGCAGAGAAUGACAAUAGUCAAUAUGGUGCCCUUACUGACAUUCCUCUUUCUCUGUUAUCUCCCAUUCCAGUGGCAGUUGGUGUCUGUCCCGGAGCACAGCACAGAGCCCCUGACCAUGGACAGUGACAAGCUGCUGGUGGCCCAAAAUCAGGGGGAACUCAAGGUGAGCAGCUAACCCACACACAAACCUUAACCCCCAACUAAAACUUCACUGACCAUGGAAUUAUGAAAGUACAGUACCAGUCAAAAGUUUGGACACACCUACUCAUUCAAGGGUUUUUCUUUAUUUUUUAAACUAUUUUCUACAUUGUAUAAUAAUAGUGAAGACAUCAAAACUAUGACAUAACACAUGGACUCAUGUAGUAACCAAAAAAGUGUUAAAUAAAAAAAUAUUCUUCUUCAGUAGCCGCCCUUUGCCUUGAUGACAGCUUUGCACACUCUUGGCAUUCUUGACACAAACCAGUGUGCCUGGCACCUACUACCAUACUCUGUUCAAAGGCACUUAAAUAUUUUGUCUUGCCCAUUCACCCUCUGAAUGGCACAAUUGUCUCAAGGCUUAAAAAUAUUUAUUUAACCUGUGUCCUGAUUUGAAGUGGAUUUAACAAGUGACACCAAUAAGGGAUCAUGGCUUUCACCUGGAUUCACCUGGUUAGUUCUGGUCAGUUAUUAAUGUUUUGAAUACUCAGUGUAUAACACAUACAGUGCAUUCGGAAAGUAUUCAGACCCCUUGACUUUUUCCACAUUUUGUUAUAUUACAGCCUUAUUCUAAAAUUGAUUAAAUUGUUUUUUUCUCUCACCAAUCUACACACAAUACCCCAUAAUGACAAAGCAAAAACAGGUUUUUAGGAAUUUUAGCUAAUUUUAUAAAAAUAAAAAAAGGAAAUAUUACAUUUACCUAAGUAUUCAGACCCUUUACUCAGUACUUUGUUGAAGCACCUUUGGCAGGGAUUAUAGCCUCGAUACUUCUUACAGUGCCUUGCAAAAGUAUGCAACCCCCUUGGCGUUUUUCCUAUUUUGUUGCAUUAAAACCUGUAAUUUAAAUGGAAUUUUAUUUGGAUUUCAUGUAAUGGACAUACACAAAAUAGUCCAAAUUGGUGAAGUAAAAUGAAAAAAAUAACUUGUUGCAAAUAUUUCCAAAAAAAAAUAACUGAAAAGUGGUGCGUGCAUAUGUAUUCACCCCCUUUGCUAUGAAGCCCCUAAAUAAGAUCUGGUGCAAUCAAUUACUGUCAGAAGUCACAUAAUUAGUUAGAUUGCACACAGGUGGACUUUAUUUAAGUGUCAGAUGAUCUGUCACAUGAUCUCAGUGUAUAUAUACACCUGUUCUGAAAGGCCCCAGAGUCUGCAACACCACUAAGCAAGGGGCGGCACCAAGCAAGCGGCACCAUGAAGACCAAUGAUCUCUCCAAACAGGUCAGGGACAAAGUUGUGGAGAAGUACAGAUCAGGGUUGGGUUAUAAAAAAAUAUCAGAAACUUUGAACAUCCCACGGAGCACCAUUAAAUCCAUUAUUAAAAUGUUUUAAGAAUAUGGCACCACAACAAACCUGCCAAGAGAGGGCCGCCCACCAAAACUCACGGACCAGGCAAGGAGGGCAUUAAUCAGAGAGGCAACAAAGAGACCAAAGAUAACCCUGAAGGAGCUGCAAAGCUCCACAGCGGAGAUUGGAGUAUCUGUCCAUAGGACCACUUUAAGCCGUACACUCCACAGAGCUGGGCUUUACGGAAGAGUAGCCAGAAAAAAGCCAUUGCUUAAAGAAAAAAAUAAGCCAACACGUUUGGUGUUCGCCAAAAGGCAUGUGGGAGACUCCCCAAACAUACAGAAGAAGGUACUCUGGUCAGAUGAGACUAAAAUUGAGCUUUUUGGCCAUCAAGGAAAAUGCUAUGUCUGGCGCAAACCCAACACCUCUCAUCACCCCGUGAACACCAUCCCCACAGUGAAGCAUGGUGGUGGCAGCAUCGUGCUGUGGGGAUGUUUUUCAUCGGCAGGGACUGGGAAACUGGUCAGAAUUGAAGGAAUGAUGGAUGGUGCUAAAUACAGGGAAAUUCUUGAGGGAAACCUGUUUCAGUCUUCCAGAGAUUUGAGACUGGGACGGAGGUUGACCUUCCAGCAGGACAAUGACCCUAAGCAUACUGCCAAAGCAACACUUGAGUGGUUUAAGGGGAAACAUUUAAAUGUCUUGGAAUGGCCUAGUCAAAGCCCAGACCUCAAUCCAAUUGAGAAUCAGUGGGAUGACUUAAAGAUUGCUGUACACCAGCGGAACCCAUCCAAUUUGAAGGAGCUGGAGUAGUUUUGCCUUGAAGAAUGGGCAAAAAUGAAUAGUGAAUAGUUACGCACGCUCAAGUUGUCUGUUUUUUUGUCUUAUUUCUUGUUUGUUUCACAAUAAAAAAUAUUUUGCAUCUUCAAAGUGGUAGGCAUGUUGUGUAAAUCAAAUGAUACAAACCCCCGAAAAAUCCAAUUUAAUUCCAGGUUGUAAGGCAACAAAAUAGGAAAAAUGCCAAGGGGGGUGAAUACUUCCCCAAGCCACUGUAGGUAUAACGCUACAAGCUUGGCACACCUGUAUUUGGGGAGUUUCUCCCAUUCUUCUCUGCAGAUCCUCUCAAGCUCUGUCAGGUUGGAUGGGUGUCGCUGUACAGCUAUUUUCAGGUCUCUCCAGAGAUGUUCGAUCUGGUUCAAGGCUCUGGCUGGGCCACUCAAGGACAUUCAGAGACUUGUCCUGAAGCCACUCCUGCGUUGUCUUGGCUCUGUGCUUAGGGUCGUUGUCCUGUUGGAAGGUGAACCUUCGCCCCAGUCUGAGGUCCUGAGCGCUCUGGAGCAGGUUUUCAUCAAGGAUCUCUCUGUACUUUGCUCUGUUCAUCUGUCCCUCGAUCCUGACUAGUCUACAAGUCCCUGCCGCUGAAAAACAUCCCCACAGCAUGAUGCUGCCACCACCAUGCUUCACCGUAGGGAUGGUACCAGGUUUCCUCCAGACGUGACGCUUGGCAUUCAGACCAAAGAGUUCAAUCUUGGUUUCAUCAGACCAGAGAAUCUUGUUUCUCAUGUUCUGAGAGUCCUUUAGGUGCCUUUUGUCAAACUCCAAGUAGGCUGCGGGCGACCAGCUCUAGGAAUGAUGGAGGCCACUGUGUUCUUGGGGACCUUCAAUGCUGCAGAAAUGUUUUGGUACCCGUCCCCAGAUCUGUGCCUCGACACAAUCCUCUCGGAGCUCUACGGACAAUUCCUUCGACCUCAUGGCUUGGUUUUUGCUCUGACAUGCACUGUCAACUGUGGGACCUUGUAUAGACAGGUGUUUGCCUUUCCAAAUCAUGUCCAAUCAAUUGAAUUUACCACAGGUGGUCUCAAAUCAAGUUGUAGAAACAUCUCAAGGAUGAUCAAUGGAAACAGGAUGCACCUGAGCUCAUAGCAAAAGGGUCUGAAUAUUUUUUAUAUUUAAUCCAUUUUAGAAUAAGGCUGUAACGUAUCAAAAUGUGGAAAAAGUCAAGGGGUCUGAAUACUUUCCCGAAUGCACCGUAUAAAUUGGAAUUAUAGGAUCUCUAUGACUGUGACCCUUAACCCAGAUCUCAAAGACAAUCGUAAACCCCUUUCCACUAUCACAAUGGAGACUGUCACAAUGUCAGUCAGCCCUCUGUGCCACCUUAUGCAGCUCAGCAAAGUCAUAUUUGGCUUACCUGUGCUUCACCAGCGUUGGACCCCUGCUGUUAGUAAUCACAAUGUUGAUUUUCAUACUUGUGUGUUCCAAGGAGGUCCCCCAGUGACCCAAGUCCGACAUUCCCAUUCCCAGUAUUAAUUGAACCACAAAUCCAUAUAAUUUAAAGGGGCUUGGCUUGCUCAAUGUUCUAGCGCCACCAUUCAAUUUUCUGCAGUGAAAGUUCCUCUUGUUUUUCCCCUCAGCUCACCUAAGUACCCACAAUGGCUCUCACUGCGCCCCUCUGUAAUGUUCUCAAAAUAGGCAGCCGUAAUCGCUGCCCGAUGAGCAGCACUAGACUCCUGCUGACAAAUGACUGAGAAACAAGUGGAAGAAAGGAAAGAGAGAGACCCAGUCAUUUCAACACUGAGGGUAACUGAUUGGUUUUAAUUGUCAGGCAGGGACAGAGGUGUCAAAUUGAAUAUAGAUUUUUGUUUCCCUCUGAACAAACACUCAACCUAUGCACUCCUUUCUUUCGCUCCCUCCGUCUCCUCUCCUCCAUAAUUCUGUGAGGGAGAGGCUUUAUUUCCAUCAGACCUCCUUGGGCAGUGGUUUCUCUCUGGCCCAAGUCUCAAAGCAACCCAGCCAUCAUCCCAUAGUCUCCAGAUUGCAUUUUGUAUACCCUUCAUAUAUCCCUGGGGUGUUAAACAAGAAUGUAAUGAGGGGGAGAUUUUGGGUCAAUUUCUAGUUAAUGCAGUACCCCUUUAGUGAGCCCAUAACACUAACCCGUGAAGUCCACUGUUGAAAGGCUGCUUUGGAAUAUAAAGGCUCUCUCAGGGAUAAUGGGAGCUGCUUUAUCUCAAUCCAUAUGCUAUUUCUUCUCUCCAGAGCUUUGGAUAACCAGCUAAUGCAGCAGCCCCUAGUCUCUGUGGUCUUAAUGAACCAUGGGUAGACUAGAUAAAUGUAUUAACUGACUGACUGACUGAAUCCAAUACAGUUCAGCUCCCCACCCCCACAUCUUCAGCUAAGCUCUGCACCGCUCCCAACUCCCCCUAGCUCCACUGAUCCAGGUGCAGUUCCCAUCCAGAUUGUAUAUACAGUGCCGUGAAAUAGCGGUUGCCCCCUUUAUGAUUUUCUUUUUUUAUAUAUAUAUUUUUGACACUAAAUGUUAUCAGAUCUUCAACCAAAAUCUAAUAUUAGAUAAAGGGAACCUGAGUGAACAAAUAACACAAACGUGAUACUUAUUUAAUUUAUUUAAUAAACAAAGUUACGCAACACCCAAUGCCCCUCUGUGAAAAAGUAAUCUUCUGUUCUCUAUCCAUGGAAUUAGUCCUCUGCGCCACCAGGAUGGAGCUAGCAUUUUUUUUACCUUACAAAGCUGUUCAUUUUAGUCUAUUCAAACGGACCCCAUUUCAAAGGAAACAAGCACUCAUUAAGAUCAGGUGUGGCCAAUUAGUGGGCACAGCCAACACACCACAACACACUUAACAAGAUAGAGGAUAUAGAGAGUGUUGUUGAUGCUGAGAACGGAAAGUAUAUGUUUUUAAAUAACAUUCUUAGAACGUUCUCUGAACUUUACAAAAGUUUUAUUGUGGUUUUUAUGGAAAGUUUUCUUAACGUUCUCGAAGUACUGAAAUUCCCACAGAAGAACGUUUUUUGUUAAUGUUCUUGGAACAUAUGGUUCUCAGAACGUUAUGUGCAGGCUGGGUGGCUAACCACACUCAGAGCGGAGACAAACAAGCAGCUAAUGGAGGAAGUGAUUUCUGCACAGGACAGGAGUGAUUUUUAUCGGGACGGGACAGGAACGUUCUGUGGUUAUAGAACUGUUGCGGGAUUAGGAUAGUACGGGAAAAGAAUGGACAGGACAGGAAUGAAUUUUCACUCCUGUGUCAACCUCUAAUUGGCACCUUUCCAGGAAGAGGGGAUGAGGAGGGCGGAAGAGAGCAGAAUACAUUUUCUCACUGAUUACAGAAUUAAUUGCAUCUUUAAUUAAAGAUAAAGACAGCUUCCUAAGGUUGGCAGGCCAUGUGUAACCAAAGUGGCUUCAGUCGCCUCUCCACUCUUCUCUCCUUCUCAAUCUGUCAUUCAUUUAUUCCUCCCCCUGUCAGGACUAGGGUGCUCAGAAUUCUCAGCAUGUCCUCUUUUGCUGUGACACAGAGUCAUUGGUGACUUGGACAGUUCACUUGAAACAAGUAUAUUCAUUUGAAACAUGAGUUGCAGGCCCUCUCAAAAAGUAAUUAAGUAUCCAAGCAAAACCAGAGUAAAAAGGAACCUCCACAAUCGAGUGUCAACAUGAAAUCAAUGCAUAUGACUCCUGGUGCACUGUGCACAUUUACAUUUACAUCAUUUAGCAGACGCUCUUAUCCAGAGCGACUUACAAAUUGGUGCAUUCAACUUAUGAUAGCCAGUGGGACAACCACUUUUUUAUUUUUAUUUUUAUGGGGGGGUAGAAGGAUUACUUUAUACUAUUCCACGUAUUCCUUAAAGAGGUAGGGUUUCAAGUGUCUCCGAAAGGUGGUCAGUGACUCCGCUGUCCAGGCGUUGUGGGGGAGCUUGUUCCACGCAAUGUGUUAGAUGUUGGAGGCAGUGUGCACUUCUUCAGUUUGCAGCCGUACUGUACUUAACUUGAAGUGUUGUUCUUAGUUUGUGUUGUUUGAUGAAGAUGUAACAAACUUCUAACCUAAUGUCCUUGUUUAUGCAGAGCAAUGAGGACCGCACACAGAACGGGUCAGCCUGCUCGGCCCGGGCCCCUGCCACCUCCAUGGAGGCCCUGUCUCCAUUCUUCAAGAAGAAAGCACACAUCCUAGAGGUCCUGCGCAAGCUGGAGGAGUCAGACCCACUCAAGUUCCACCCCUCCUCCUGCCUGUCCCAUCACCACGACCUGGGCCAGGCGCUGGUCUCCAUGGAGAGAGACCAGAUGUCCCUGAUGUCCUCUGGGGGGUUACCUGCCCCACAGCGCCUGGUGGCACACCCAUCGUCACACUGCCGCCACUCCAGCUCUGACUCGGACAUCCACGAUUACGCCAAUGGCGAAGGGGCUCUCCAGGAGGACCAUGCCCAGCAUCAGCAACAACAACACGGGGGCUGUCAGUCCUGCCACAUACUCUCCCAGAAGAGCAACCUGGACAGCCUGCUGAAGUGUGCCCAAGGCCAUGGUACCUCACACCAGGCCAGAGUGGAGAUCCUUAACGGGCAGGCCUGGGCAGAGGACCAGGGGGCGUCAGCACAGAGGACAGACCCUCCCCAGGCAGCGGCUCUCCCCCACCUCCUCUCUGCUGACAGCACAAACCAGUGCUACAUGCACAAAACAGCAUUGGACUCUCUAGAGCGCACUCCAGAAGGUCUGGGUUCUUCUGAUCCUUUCCUCUCCUCGUUAAUCCAAGCCAACCUCAACGGGAUGCUAGGGGAGGAGCCGAGGAAGUUACAAAGACACAAAGAUGAGCAUCCGUCCGGCAAACAACCUCCUCCGCCUCGGGCGGAUGUACAGCCCUCUCACGGAGAGGAUGUGAAGCACAUAAAGGCUGUCAUGGCAACGUCGCAGAGCCAGAACGAGGACAGUCCAGAGGAGGGCUGCUACCUGGAAGUAGAGGCAGCAGCGGCACACAAUGUGAACAACAGCCUGCACUCUUCUACCUCACACACAGACCAUGUUGCCAUGGAGACAGACCCAGGGUAUCCCGAGGAGCAGGAAGUGAGUGAUCAGAUCAGCAAUGGGCUCUACUUCUCCUCCAAUGAGACGUCUGUCUCCAAGAAGGUGGCGGUGGAGUCUUACUCUCCAGCCCCAGUGCCUGAGAGGACCAGCUCAGCUCAGGCCCUGCCUCCCUCUGGGAAGAGCAAGCUUGCACUCAGCCCCACCACUCCCUCCUCAGGUCUGGGUGAAGUCAAGCCCUCCCCUAUCUCCUCCCCGUCCCGGCUGCUCAAGUUCCUGAAGAUCCCUACGGGGAUCAACCAGGCACAACCAGGCAACCCCCUCCGUUUAAGUCCCCAGCUCACCCGCAGCUCCAAGAUCCCCUGCAGAAACAACAUCAACUAUGAGGUGUACCACUCUCCCGCCCUGACCCGCAAAGCCACCACCACGGAGAGGGAGAAGCAGCCAUCCUCAUCCUCCUCCAAAACAGACCCCUACCCUGCCACGCACUCCGCCCCCACCUCCCCACCCAAACCAGAGGACAGUGCGGACCCCACUCCCAUGGCCAAGGAAAUUGCUUUCAGCAGCCACUCUGCGCCCAAACCCAGCCUCAGCACAAAGGCACCCCCCUCCACCGCCCCUCAUGCACAAAGGGGUUCUCAGAAGGUGCCCCACUACGAGAAUGUCUGCCCCUCAGAUGGGACGCCCCAGUUCCUGGAGGGUCUUAAGACGUCCCAGUACCUCCCUUACCCCCAACCUGAGGGGCCUGUAGAGAAGCAGCGUCAGCAAGAUGAGAACCUCCGCAGCCCCUCGUCUUCACAGUACCCCGACUCGUCCCCAGGUACAGCUGACCAGGACUUCUCUGACCAGGACUUCUCUGACCAGGACACUGACUCAGAGAGCCCCGUCUGGCACAAGCCAAACCAACACUUCAGCCUCCCCUCCUCGUCCUCCUCCGCCGCCAGUAAAGCACACAGUAGUCGCCCCAGCUACUCCAGCAUGAGGGACAGGCACCAGGAGGUCCGGGCAACUCUGGAGCCCAGCCAAGAGAACUGUGAACCUGCCCAGCCAAUCCAGUCUGCAGCCAGGCGAGGUGACCUGUCGCCUGGGUACUCCACCCCCAAGAGACUGGUGCAGGGCAAUCCCCAGAGUGAGUCCAGUCACCACCCCUUCAAAGAGCGCCUGGCUGCUUUGGGAAAACUGAAGAGCACAGAGGACUUGCCAGUAGGUGCACAGUCCGUGGACAAGAAGGAUGCACAAAGUAACGUAGGUAAACCCCCCACCAACAAUAUUGAGAAAAGCAAGACCGCUGAAAGGCAAGGUGAGAGAACUGGGGCAGAGCAGCACAGAAAUCAGAAAUACACUGAUUCCCUGGAUGGGAAGCCCUACCCCAAAACCAGCCUCGGCAGUCACCCUAGGGUGCCAGGUCCAAUACAUGAAUCGGGCGCCAAAUCUUCAGCUACCCCAUCAUCGAUACCCAAGGGAGAGCAGGAGACACCGUUUUCUCCCAGGAUAUAUGUAGCAAAAGCAGAGGGUCCAAAGAUCAAGAUGGGCACAUCAUCCUCCAACACAGAGACUCCUCCAGUGGUGCGGAGCUAUGGGAAAUGCCCCAUCACCCAGAGCCACCACAGUAAAUCUGCCCCCAGCCCCCAAAACAGCCCCACUAAAGUCCCGUCAAAGUCCCCUUCAAAGGUCGGCCAGGCUUCCUCUUACCCCAGAGGGGUCAAACCCAUUCAUGAGGACCGUGCCCUGGCUCAGAGACACCCACUUCGGCCGGAGGACAAAACCAAGCUCACAGCUGGCAAGAAGAAGACCUUUGUCCAUGCAGAGAGCUUCCCGCCUCCUCCUCCUUUGCCACCGCGGCCAUCUACUGAAGCCAUCGCAAAAGAGGACAAGAAGCCGUACUCGUCUGGCCCACCCGUGCCCCAGUCUGCCAUUGAGCAAAAGGUAAUGCGCGGCAUCGAGGAAAACAUGCUGAAGCUGCAGGAGCAGGACCGGGGCCAGGCAGCCGAGCCAAAGCAGAAGGCCUCCAAUGGCAUUGCCAGCUGGUUCGGCCUGAGGAAGAGCAAGCUCCCUGCCCUCAGCCGCAAACCGGAAGUGUCCAAGCUCAAGAUCAACAUGUCCUCCUCUCUUUCGUCAUCCUCUGCCUCUGGCGGAGGGGCUAAGGACCCAAAGACAGGUGGUCCCCAGAAGGUGGUGGAGAGCCUGAACAUCUCCAAGCUGAUGGAGAAGGCAGAGGACCUGCGGAAGGCGCUGGAAGAGGAGCGGGCAUAUGUGAACAGGGUCGGAAUGGACCGCUCUGGCAGAGGCCACUCCUGUGAGGUGGUGAUGGACCAGGCCCAGGGCCAACUGUCACUCAUGUACAGAGGAAUGACAGCAGAGAACUUCAUGCAGCAGCUCCUCAACAGGUAAAAAUGAUAUGUAUUCUUAAAUAACCUGAUGAUUUACCUGAGAAUUAAUUAAAUACAUCCAAACCCUGGCUAGGAUAUAUUAGACUGGGGCUAUGAGUGUACUAAAUUUGUGAUCAUAAGAUAUUUAUCAAACUUGGCCAGAGGGAUAUAAACUCUUUCUCAUAUGAUUAUAUCUUAUCAAAUUGGAUUUGUAAAUAGAGUUUAAUGUCGAAAGCUAGUUCCCCUAUGAGUUUGUUGUAACGUCUUCCUUCUUAAGUCCCUCGACGUCUUGUUCUGGAAACAGGGUGGACGAGAGGGGAGCUAUACCUACCACCUUUGGAAUGGCACACAGACGCCUCUCCUUUGACUCUAAGAGGUCGCGGCCCAACUUCAGUCACCAGAGGAACGGGAUCAGCCACACCAAGAGCAGGGUAAACUAUUUUCUCUCUGUCGUAUUCCUCUGAUACACUAUAGAAAGAUUAAUAAACUACACAUGUAGUGUCAGUGGUAUAUAUGAUUGUCAUUAACCCUUGCUGGUUCAGGGUUCAGAUAUGAUCGGCAAGGAUGAGGUCACAUCAGACGAGAGCUUGGCAGAGUCCAUUAGUUCUCAGCACUUUACAGGUGAGAGUAGCAUGAUGCUGAGUCAUAAUAAUGUCAGUCAUCCAUUUUCCUUGACUAACUCUGCCCCUGACUCUAGUCUUACUUAAUUGUUCCUUCCUCACUGUUUAGGUUCUGGGGCCUCCAUGCGCACCCUCGACAGUGGCAUCGGCACGUUCCCCAUGCCAGACUAUGCCAGUAGCGUGGCAGGGAAGAGCAUCCCUAAGGGGAAGCCACAGGGAGAGCAAGGGUUUUCUUGCUCCCAGGGGAAACAUGGGGCCAUGAUGAAGGUUCCGCGUAAGGCCCGUACACUGGAGAGAGAGCUGUCAUCUCUGGACGAAGUCAACCCGUUUGUCCUGUAUGGCUCAGGGCUGGAGGGAAAAGGUCCCAACAUGCACCUGUCCAGCACCAUCCAAGAAGGUAAGCUUGGACUCUUGGACUUUGUAUUCCAAUAGGACUUGUUGUGUUCCCAUAUAGACCAUUUCAAUGCUGACAUUUUUCAUAAAUGGUUUAGAUAUGGUUGCGAAAGUUCAUAUUUUAUCAGUUGUGUUAAUAUAAUGAUAAAUCCUGCAAAACCAAUAUUUUGUGGCUCAUUAAAACUGGAUCAACUAUUCACACAAGCUUAAACCUUCAACAAAACACCCGAGCUACACUCUUUUCUUUUUACAUUUUGAAUUUAAUUUGCUCUUAUGCAGACAUAGAUGCCUACGGAGCUCAUAUGCAAAAUCCCCCCACCAAGAACUGGACCUUUCCCAAUCUGAAAGGCUCUGCGGGAGCCACUGAUGUUUACUUGGAAGUGCAGGGAGACCUGGGCAGCCAGGGGACCCCAUCCAGAAGGGUGAGUGAGUCAGAGAGUCAUCUCCAUCCUAACAAUAACUUUUGAAGAAGACAACAUCUGUGCUGUGCUGACGUGACAUCUUUUUCAUCUAAGUUGAAAUGAUGAAAGUGCCGCUCUUUAUUCAUAUUUUAAGAGAUAAGGCCAAUAGAAAGACAGCUGGGGCCUUGAUCACUGUCGCCUGUCAGUUGUCAACCCUUGUCAGCACUUGAGAGAGAGAGAGAGAGAGAGAGAGAGAGAGAGAGAGAGAGAGAGAGAGAGAGAGAGAGAGAGAGAGCUAACUUUCGACUCUCUCCCUUUCAAUGGGCUGCGUUAAUGGCAGCCUGGACUGAAAUGCACAGAAAGUCCACAGCUUUUAACACCAAGCAAAGAAAUGUGUGCAUUUUAACAGCAGCAGUGUUUCCAUCAAACUGGCUUGUUACGAAUGAAGAGCUGUGCGUAAUGACUUAGUGCACAUAAGAAGCACUUUGUCGUAAAAACCUUUCAGAAGUUCUAUGUGUUUCCAUCCCAUUUGGCAUAAAAAGUAAUGCGAAAAACAGAAAAUGUGCCCACUUGGCACAGGUACUCUAGAAAACAGCUCAUUAAUACGGUGCAGAGGGUACAUGAUGAGAUUAUGAAUAAAAGCUAGAUAAUUUUUAUUUGUCAAUUGGCAGCUAAGCACCGAUCAUCAUGUCACCAGCAUACAAAUUAACUCUUUACACUCAUACCCAUAUACGGGUUGAAAAUGGCAGAUUUGGGCACUAAUACGCUCCUAAAUUGGAAUGUAGUGGCUGUACAGUAACAUGCUACACAUGAUGUCAGAGCUCUGGCUCUGCGUUUCACAGCGCUGUAUGGGUUUUGCCUGGAAACCGUUGUGAACUUGAGCACCGCGCACGACAAGAAGUUGCCCCAUCCCUCCUGGUAAUUGGGCAACUUUUGCAAAUAAAUUAUGUCUGAGUGUGGGGAAUGUAAAUUAAGAUGACUCGACGUAUUUUGAAAGAUAAGACAUUGAGGUUUUAUAAUAAGUAACGCUUUGAUGUCAUACAAGCAAGCCAAACACCCGUGAGUCCAAAUGUGCACUUCACAUUUCCAAAUCAUAAAACGAAUAUCAUAAACAGUGUCAAUGUUUAUGAUCACUAUGUUUGAUGUACAGUAACAAGAUGACAUGUCGUCAUACCCUGGGUUGUUCUGAACAGAAUGAGUCUGUUUGUUUAUUGUUAAGAACAUUCGCCUGAGCAUACGCACCUGAAUGCACUCAUGACUCCUUUCUAUGAGCACCAAAAUUACGAUCUGUUUCUCUGAAUUGCCUUGUGAAAGCCAAAGACUGUACGAUCGUAUUUUAUAACUUAGCUAGUCAUGUUGGCAAUAGAACAAAUCAUGCCCACCUGACCCAGAUUGCUAUUUAUAAUGGACCGUUUUUGGAUUGUGUAAAGAGGAACAGUAAUUGUGGGAUGGCGGGGAUGCAGGGUUGUGUUCCAAAUAAAACAACUACAACUGUGCUUGCUCUAGAUCCUUAACGGGACAGCUAGGAGAGCUCAAAAAAGCACCUUAUAGUUGAAGACACUUCUUUGAGUCAUAAAAGUGCAUUGAAAUUACUUAGGAACCCUGCACGCUUUGGAGAGGUGUGGGGCCAUUGGAGACACCAGAUAGUCCUCUCACUCAAACCCUUGUCAUUGUUUUGUCUUAUGUUGCACCUACACCACAUUUUCCAGGAAUAAUCUUAUGUUACUGAAUGUAUCCAUACUAUUUAUAAACAAAUGCGGCGAAAAUUACAGUAAAUGUAAAAUGCACAUAAAAUCAACAGUGUAAUGUUGUCGAGUGAACUGUUGUGUACUCACGUUUGAUCUAAUAAUUUCUCCAUUAUCUCCAAACUGUUCCCUUUCAAUUGCUACCAUGGUUAUGCAUAUGCAUUUCAUAUUUAUUCUGUAAGAAACAUUUCAAUUUAGCCCUAUCCAUAUAGGCCAAUUCCCACAAGGGUUAAGACCCUCGAUAUUUAUUGGAAAGGAUCAUCAAACUUAUCAACGUGCACAUUCACCACCCUUAUUUAAUCGUUAGCCUAAUAAACUGUGCAUGCUUUUCCAUGUCGUAGUGGGAGGACCCAAAAAAUAGCAUCACAUGACUGCAAAUUACCCACGAUAUGAUGGUUAUUAUAUCAACAAUUGCAAUAUCAACAAUAUUCUAUCCCAAAAAAUAAGUUUGUCACAUUAUCUAUUUCACAGACAAAAAAAUUAUAAACCCUUGUCAAAGUAUUUAUGCUGAACAAAAAUAUAAACGCAACAUGUAAAGUGUUGGUCCCAUGUUUCAUGAGGUGGAAUAAAAGAUCCCAGAAAUGUUCCAUAUGCACAAAAAAACGUAUUUCUCUCAAACUUCGUGCACAAAUUUCCCUGUUAGUGAGCAUUUCUCCUUUGCCAGGAUAAUCCAUCCACCUGACAGGUGUGACAUAGCAAGAAGCUGAUCUUGCUGAUCAUUACACACAUGCACCUUGUGCUGGGGACAAUAAAAGGCCACCCUAAAAUGUGCAGUUUUGUCACACAACAAUGCCACAGAUGUCUCAAGUUUUGAGGGAGCAUGCAAUUGGCAUGCUGACUGCAGGAAUGUCCACCAGAGCUGUUGCCAGAGAAUUGAAUGUUUAUUUCUCUACCAUAAGCUGCCUCAACGUCGUAUUAGAGAAUUUGGCAGUACGUCCAACCGGCCUCACAACCGCAGACCACGUGUAACCAUGCCAGCCCAGGACCUCCAGCUUCUUUACCUGUGGGAUCGUCUGAGACCAGCCACCCGGACAGCCGAUGAAACUGAGGAGUAUUUCUGUCUGUAAUAAAGCCCUUUUGGGGAAAAUCUCAUUCUGAUUGGCUGGGCCUGGCACCCCAGUGGGUGGGCCUUGCUCCCAAGUGGUUGGGCCUAUGCCCUCCCAGGCCCACCCAUGGCUGUGCCCCUGCCCAGUCAUGUGAAAUCCAUAGAUUACGCCUAAUUUAUUUAUUUCAAUUGACUGAUUUCCUUAUAUGAACUGUAACUCAGUAAAAUCAUUGAAAUUGUUGCGUGUUGCAUUUAUAUUUUGUUCAGUAUAGUUUUGUUGACAUUUAGGAAAGUUUACCAACAACGUCUGUUUCCAUUAGGCCUGUCGUGAGUUUUUUAUGCGACAUGUACUUUACUCGGUUGGAUGGAAACAUGGUUACUGACAAAAGCAUUUCUUGAAGUCACAGAUAUAAAUGCAACGGUGCACGUGUUGCCCUAGAAUCUGUUAAAUCUCACGUUGUCCUAAAAUAACUAACUAUAGCAUAAUUCUGUCCCCCUGUCCCUCCCGACCAUCCAUAUCCUCCCAUGUUCCCCUCCUCCCUCCCCCUUCUUCAUGUGCCCACCUGUCCUCUCCCCCAAGAGUUUGAAACAGUGUGUCCCCCAGCGCCCCCUGGCUACUGACCCAGGCAGCCUCCCCCUGCCACCCCAGAUGGGACUCAGCCAGCGGGGUAAGGGGCGGACGCCCAGUGCCCCGGAGGUGGGGAAGGAUGGAGGACUGGAGCUGGUGAAGGAGACCCCAGAGGACAUCCUGUCCCCGAGAGAGACGCCUGAAUCCCUCAGUGACUCCCUCUACGACAGCCUGUCCUCCUGUGGCAGCCAGGGC